CAGUGUUUGUUAUAUAAAUUUUACUGUGGUAGUAGGUACUUCUAAUAUAUAUUAUAUUACAAUUACAAUUUAACAAGAAUAGCCAAAAUAUGUAAGAUUAUGAGUAAUCUACGAGCUUUGGUUCUACAAAGUUUUAAAAAAUUGCAUCGCACCAGGAUGAAAAUAUUUGAAGGAGAUUUAAGAGCAUUGACUGCUGCUAGAAUUAAAAUUAACCAAGAAUACAAAAAUAACAAGAAUGUUCAAGAUGAACAAUCGAUUAAAUCUAUGAUUAAAUUUGGAGAAGAUGUUGAGACAGAGUUAAGAACACAAGUAAUUCAAGCACGGGAAGUUAAACCUGGUGUAUUUGAAGCAAAAAUAACAAAAGAAACCCUGAAGUUAGAAAAUAUUCCGUAUGAUGACAAAGCCGUAUCGGAUAACCCAAAUGGUCCUAGACCAUGUUGUCAAGAUCAAGCACGAAAUAAAUAAUGAAUAUCUUAUUUAUUAUCAUUUAUAUUAGAUUUAAGCGAGCAUGUUUUGUUUUGUAUAGUGAUAUUUAAAUGUAAUAGUUAUAGCCUUGUAAAUGUAAAAGUUCUU